UAAGAAAAGCACAUCGAGUGACACAGAGAUAUAUUUACAUGUAAGGCAGCUUAGACCCAGAGGUUAUCACUGAGGCCCUACUGUCUGAUAAAAGAUUAUUUUCCACAGGAAAAUUCUUGGCACAUGGCUUGUAUUAACCUGUGUUUUAGUAUAUAGUAGUUUUUCCACAUCUGAUUGUUUUGUUUGUGUAUAUACAGUCAGGGCCAGAAAUAGAGGGAAAAAAGAAUAGUAAGGGGUGAAAAUAUCAUCAGCUGUGGUUGUUCAUUAGUUCGGGAUCAUCAUAGUGAAACUGGAGACCUGUGGAUGAAAUAUACGUGGCCGUGAAAUAUGAUUUUUCUGCAGACCAUGCUUUUGAUUGUCUUACCAUCAUAGUGAACUGCUUCCAAGAAUUUCAGGAUGAGUCUAUAUUUUUAGUGUGUGAUAGCAAUCAGCCAACUUUAUUUUUGGUGGGGUACCACAUUGCUUUAAUACUGAAAAAAACACUAUACUUCCCUCUGCAGAUAAAAUAAUUCAAAAUUUUGGAGCUGUGCAUGCUGUAUACAUAUGGAUUGCAACACAGAUGCAGACCUUGAAGCAGCUGCACUUGACCUUGAUGGAGUUUUUCUAAGGGGCUAUCUGGAUUAUGCCUCAUCCUGUCAUGAGUAUCUUUAUGAUGAUUCCUCAGUGAAGAUGGAUCUCAGCUUUGAAGAUUCAAACAGUAAUACCAUGCCCACCAUGGCGAACCCUUACCAUCGACCAAUGGACAUAGGUUCAAAUGAUUUGUCUCACAAAGCUCGUAAGAAUAAGGAGGAUAAAUACUGCGGGGUCUGUGGGGACAGGGCACUGGGUUACAACUUUGAUGCUAUUUCCUGUGAGUCGUGUAAGGCUUUCUUCAGGAGGAAUGCCCCUAAAGGACUAGAAUACUUCAAAUGUCCAUAUGAAGAGAAAUGCAAGAUGGACGUCUCAAAUAGGCGAUUUUGUAAACGAUGUCGUCUGCGGAAGUGCUUUGAGAUUGGGAUGAGGAAGGAGUACAUUCUGACGGAGGAAGAAAAACUCCGAAAACGGCAGCGUAUUGAGGAGAACAGGUUGAUCCAGAAAGUACGAGAUGUGGACAAGACAAAGACGCAAUCAGGAAUUGUCAGCACAUCAGAAAACAGACUGAGAGCGCUAGAACCUGACGAGGAAUACAUGAUAAAUGAAGUAGUGGGAGCUUACAGACAAUCUUUGGAGGUAUCCAUUGCUUCAGAACUGCCAAAAGACAAACCGCAAAUGCACAUGAAAGACUUGGUUAAUAUUGCAGAACUGAGUGUGCGUCGAGUGAUAGACAUGGCCAAGAAAAUCAAAUCAUUUAAGGCAUUGUCACAAACAGACCAGAUUAGUCUUCUAAAAGGAGGCUCCAUCGAGUUGCUGAUUCUGAGGUCGGUGAUUUCAUUUGACAAGGAGAAGAACUUGUGGUUGGAUCCACUUGAUAGCGAAGAUCACUCCAUGGACAUGAAGAAUCUACAAGAAGGAGAGGGAGCCACUUUAUUUGCCGAGCAUAUGAAGUUCACCAGGUCGCUAGCCGUCGACCUAAAGGCUGAUGAAACCAUGUUGAUUCUUCUGCUAGUUAUAUCGCUGUUCUCACCGGAUAGACCAAACAUAAGUGACAAAUCUUACGUUUGUCAAGAGCAAGAGAAAUAUGCUCUGUUACUUCUAAGAUACCUAGAGUCUAGGUAUUCCACAUACACUGUGCGUGCCAUUUACCCCAAACUGUUGAUGAAACUUACAGACAUUCGCGAUCUGAAUGAGGAGCACUCCCAUGUUCUUUUAAAGGUCAAUCCAGAGGGGAUACAGCCUCUGAUGAAGGAGGUCUUAGAUAUGAACCUUAAGGACAAUGGUGGGGGGAGCUGUGGAAGUCCAAUGUGAUUGAUGUAGAUAACUAGAGAUUUGGGGAAUAAACUCAAUUUUUAUGACAUAAAAAAAUAAUGUCCCAGUGGGCACAUGUUGUGCAAGUAUGAAUGGAUGAAAAUCUAAUUUUCUGCUUGUGGUUUUUUUUUUAACUCUAUAAUGGAUGUAUGAUACUGAUAUUUAGAAUAUACAUUAAUUUUUUAGAGUAGUACAAUGUACAACCACCCAUUUCAGCUGGACAUGUGUGGCAAUGUAAGGUCCGCAAUCAUAGGGCAGUUCUCAACUGUUAAAUUAUCUCGUGUCUUCUUUUUUAAUUUUAUUUUUUUUGUGUGUCGCAGAAAAAGAAAAUGGAACAUUGAAGAAUUUUGAUUGAUUUUUUUUUUAAGAAAAAUAAAAAUGCAGAAGGAUGAAAUGACACUGCUGCAUAUCUUCUGAGUGCUCAACAUGUGUGUUUGUUAGCAUGUGUCUGAUUUUUUUCUGACUGUAAAUAUUUUAUAGUCUUGCCAGAGUUUAUAGUAUUGCUUAUAAUGGAAUAUUAUAUAUUUUAUUUCUCUGUUUAUGAUUUGUAUUCAUCAUAUUUAAACCACAUAUGUUACAUAGAUGGCCAUUUUUCUGCAGUGUAUUCAUGUUGGUCAUAACUAUGGGUCGAGCUCUAGGCCAUAAGUCUGAUGAUAUACCAGCCAUACAUAUAUUUUGUACAUUCUGCAAGGUUGUUUGCACAUAAUAUAUUAAUCAAUAAUUAUGUUUAAUUAAAGAAAUUUAACGAAAAUCCUGUCACUAAGUGCCUGAGUGUGAAAAACGGAAGAAUGUGAUAUUGGUGGUGGAGGAAUGAGUUGUAAAUUCUCUCCUAUAAGUCAAUCGGGACUAUAAUUCACAAUUAUCAGCUACAGAGUCAUGAAAUGAACAUUUAAUCAGGUGUAUCUAAUAUCUAUGUAAUUUUCUACAAAGAUAAUGGUUCAGCAGCAAUUACAGUCAUGUACCUGACCAUUCUAAGGUGUGUCAUUCUCAUUGCUGUAACUUAAUUGAUAGUCAGAGGAAAUGCAGUGCUCAUUUUUCUCUUCUGAAUUAAUCUUAAUGUAUCCUUAAAUAUACAUUUUGUUGGAUUAUUAGUAAAAUCUUACUGUAUAAUGUUAGUGUCUUAAACAGGAUGCAGAAAAUUACUUAGAUUUUUUAUGUGAAACCAUUAGCCUUUUUCAUGGCUGAUAUGACAUUAAUUUUCUGAUUCCCUUUCUUGGACAACCCCAUUUUCAUUACAUGUACGUAAAGAAAUUAAUUAUAAAAGUUCUUUUGAUUAGUUCCUUUAUGACAAGUAUUUUUUUUUUUUUAUAAAUGGUAGAGAUAACUCUGAAUCAAAUUCGUUGUCUAGGAAGUUCCUCACAGUUUUAUCUUAUAGAUCAGCAACAAGUUUUGAAAAGUUUGGGGUUUGAGAGAUUUAGUAUAAAAUGUACGUUUUAAUUUGAAUUAUGCUGGCCAAGAAUCUUUACACUGUUUUUAAAUUUUGGAUGCACAAGUUGAUAUAUCUUUGAUUUCCACAUAUUUAAAUCUGGAAAUUUGGAGAAGAAAUUGAAAGUUGAUAGAAGAAUUCAUCCCAUUUUGUUUGUAAAGGAUUCCCACAUAUUGAAAGGUCAAUCACAGCUAGUGCUAUACCGGUGAUCAUACAGAAUAUUAAUUAAUGUAUAUCCUGUGAAAUUAUACUAUAUAAAUCAGCAAUUUUCUCUCCUUUUUUUGCAACCAAUUUUCUCAUUGAAUGAUGCCAUGUAUUUUUAUGUUGCAUUUGUUGGAAAAGUAUGGAAUUGUGGGGGGGGGGGGGGGGGGGUAUCCAAGAGGAAUAAUUCUACUUAAAUUGAAGAUCUUUUUUUUUCAUCACACUCUGAAAUGUACUUUUUUUCAAGAGGGGGGGGGAGGGGGGGAGUAUUCUUCAAUAUUUUUUUUUACAGAAGACCCAAAGUUUUGAUAUUUUGUUGGACAGAGCAUGUCUAUCAUUUUGUUUUAAAACUUCUGUUUUCUUUUACUGGUUGUUUUGAUUGAAUGGAAGGUAAUCUUUUUAUACUGAUUUUAUUGUGUGUGGUAUCAGAUAUUAAAAAAAACUAGUGUGUAUGUUUCAUUGUUCCUGAUUAAGGGGUGUGGUUACAUGUAUUCAUCUUUUUUCUUUUGGUAAUGCUGUUAAAAGGAAAAUUAUCAGCUUUCUUUUUCAUUCUGUUGAAAAUUCAUAAAAUGAUACCAUUUUAAUACUUUGGUAAGGCUUUGUAGUACAGUUCAUGCUCCAAAAGUUAGACUUUCCCCCUUAAAAAAAUCUUACCAGUUUUAUUGCAAGAAACUUUCUCCUAAUUUCUUAUAAUGAUACUCAAAACUGUUUUGCUUAAUUUAACUGAUAUGCUAAUUAAACAGAAAUCAUAAACUUCAUAAUAAAGGUCUAAGAAUAUGCCAUACUUUUAUGAUUUCACAUAUUAAUCUUUUUGCCUUGACAACUCUGUAAUAUAAAUUGUUAUUAGAAGCUGAGAUAAUAGAGAAUUUUAUAAAGAAUACAACACAGGAAGGUCUUGACAAUAUUUUUGAUACUGUGAAUUAGUAAACUUCAAUAUUAAGAUUUCUUUUAUACUGUGAAAGAAACAGAAUACAAGAUCUGCAUGCAAAUGAAACUGAAUUUAUAAAUUCAUUGUUGGAUAUUAGCUGUUCCUGAAUUCUUGCAAUUGAUAAUUUGCAUAUUUUGUAAUACUAGUGCUAAUAGAGAGUUUAAAUAUAAAAAAAAAAAUCAUUGUCCUCUGAGAAAGGGACAUAAUCACGCAGCAAUCAUUUCCGCUGUCAGAUUUGGGACUAUUUUUGCUAUCUAUGUUACAGCCAUUUUAUGUAUUAAUUGGUUAUGUAUAUUAUGAUAAAUAAAUCAUGUAUUGUACUGUU